AUGGCGAAUGUCUGCGCCGAGGCAAGGAGUACGAGAAAGCGCGCGCUACUGUGGCAGGUGGGCAGCUCCAGCGCGUCCUCCUCGUGCUCCACCACCUCUGGCGACGACGAAGGGCACGGGGGCGGGAAGGCGCUGCGGCACCGCGGCGCCGACGCCACCUACAAGCUGCUGUGCUCCGUGGACGCCCUGGAGGAGACGCCGGCGGUGGCGGGCCCCGCGCCCCGCUCCUUCGCCACGCACGCCCACGCACACGCCCACGGGCACGCGCACCCGCUCGCCCACCACUCCUCGCAGAGCACGUCGGUGAGCGACCUGCGCAGCUUGGCGCGCUCCGACAGCACGGGGUCCACGCAGUCGAUGCAGCACGGCGGCGUGCCCGAGCUGCUGUUGGGGCUGGCCUACAAUGGCACCACGGGCCGCCUCUCCGUCGAGGUCGUCAAGGGCAGCCACUUUCGGAACCUGGCGAUGACGCGCGCGCCCGACACCUACGUGAAGCUGUGCCUGGUGAGCAGCAGCGGGCAGGAGAUGGCGCGAUCCAAGACCUCUGAAGAUCAUUAA